AUUAUAGUUAAAAAAUUAUAGUAUUAACUAUAUCAACUACUUGAUCUCAUUCUAUACCUUAUCGCUGAUAUUAAAAAGCCAAGUAUUUGUUGUCGUUGUUAUUCCCGCCAUAAAUUACUAAACAUUUAUUAAUAAUAUAACUAUAACUAUAUAUACCCCCAUCAAUAUUUCAUCAUAUAAUGUCAAGACCUGCUGCUGCCCUUUUACAACGACACUAUAAAGAAUUAACUGAUCCAAAAAGAAUCACCCCCUUUCAUAUCGAAUUAGAUGAUGAUAAUAUCUUUUUAUGGAAUAUUGGAAUGAUGGUAUUUAAUAAAGAUUCUAUUUAUCAUGGAGGUUAUUUUAAAGGUUCUAUGAGAUUCCCACCUGAUUUCCCAUUUUCUCCUCCAACUUUUAGAUUUACUCCUCCUUUAUAUCAUCCUAAUAUUUAUAGAGAUGGCCGUGUUUGUAUAUCAAUUUUACAUCAAGGUGGUGAUCCAACAAAUGAUGAACCUGAUAGUGAAACUUGGUCUCCUGCUCAAUCAGUUGAAUCAGUAUUAAUAUCAAUACUUUCACUUUUAGAAGAUCCAAAUGUUUCAUCUCCUGCAAAUAUUGAUGCAUCAGUAGAAUUAAGAAGAAAUCCUGAAGCUUAUAAAAAGAAAGUAUUACAAGAAGUUGAAAAUUCAAAACAAAAUAUUCCAGAAGGAUUUGUUAUUCCUGAUUUAGAAUCUGAAGCUUUUAAAAAUGCCAAUAAUAGAGUCGAAAUCGAACAACUUAAUGAUGAUUUUUGGUCAGAAUAUGAUGAUGAAGAUGAUUUUGAAGAUGAUGAAGAUGAUUAUGAUGAAGAAAGUGAUCAAGCAAGCCUUAUGGAUGAUGAACAUGGAGAAGUUGAUGAAGAUGAUGAAGAAGAAGAAGACGAUGACGUUGAAAUGGUUAAAUGAAAAUAGUAAUAAUUUACUAUUAAUUUCAAUGACAAGUUCUAAAGAUCUAUACCAAUCUCUUUUUCAUGGUUAGAUAAUUUCUUAUCAUAUUAAUUAUAAUGUUUCUACUAAUUAAUCCUAAUAAGAUUUUAAUCUAUUCAUUCUUUAUUGUUAUUUAUUGUUAUUAUUAAUGGUUAUCAAUGUGUCUUGGUUCUU